CCUAUAUAAACGGUAACCAGCAGAUGCAGAGGUAUCAGUACUCAGUAAACAUUACAUUUUCAAAGACAAAUAUUCAACAAUCUUAAGAAUCAUGAAAUACUACACAGCUAUAUUAGCUUUAUGCCUUGCCGUCCUUGUGAUUACUCAACAAGCAACUUCCGAACCAAUCCCUGAACCAGGCAAGAGCGGUCACCACAAUGGUGGUGGUGGAUACGGAAAUAGUGGAUAUGGACAAGGCGGGUAUGGACAUGGUGGCGGAAAUGGUGGAUAUGGACAUGGUGGUGGACACGGUGGAAAUGGUGGAUACGGUGGUCACGGACACGGUGGAAAUGGUGGAUACGGUGGAUACGGUGGAAAUAGUGGAUACGGUAGUCACGGACACGGUGGACAUGGUGGACACGGACACGGACACGGACACGGUGGAGGCGGACAUGGACAUGGGCAUGGAUACGGACACCAUUAAAACAAUUUAUAUUGUAACCCACAUAGUAAAAUAGUAUUUAAAAUAUGUUAAUAUAUUUUUUCACAUAAAUUUUUAUAUUAUAUUUAAUACAAAAUCAGAAUAAACAAUAUUUAUCAUGGGAUUUUCACCCAUUUCAAACAA